CACUCGUACUCAAAGUGUAAGUGUUGGUUGCAGAGGCAGAAAUUCUUAUUUUUCUCCUUAAAAAUAUAAUAUCUGUGCAGAAUGGCCGCCCGCCGUAUCGCCCAAUCCUCGAUCAACUGGUCCGCUCUCGCCGAGCGCGUGCCCGCCAACCAGAAGAGCAGCUUCGGCGCCUUCAAGACCAAGUCGGACAUCUAUGUGCGCGCCGUGCUGGCCAAUCCCGAGUGCCCACCCCAGAUCGAUUGGGCCAACUACAAGAAGCUGGUGCCCGUGGCCGGACUUGUCGAUAGCUUCCAGAAGCAGUACGAUGCCCUGAAGGUGCCCUAUCCCCAGGACAAGGUGUCCUCCCAGGUGGAUGCCGAGAUCAAGGCGUCGCAGAGCGAAAUCGAUGCCUACAAGAAGGCCUCGGAGCAGCGCAUCCAGAACUACCAGAAGGAGAUCGCCCAUCUGAAGUCGCUGCUGCCCUACGAACAGAUGACCAUGGAGGACUACCGCGACGCAUUCCCCGAUAGCGCACUCGAUCCCCUCAACAAGCCCACCUUCUGGCCCCACACUCCCGAGGAGCAGGUCGGCUACAAGUCCAAGGAGCAGCUGGAGGCCGAGGCCCAGGGACACCACUAAACCGGAGGGCGCGAGGAGCACUCUGACUUUGGCUUCGUUGGUCGUCUGUUCGAUUCGAAAUGUAAUCCGCGUUGAAGUAAAUUACCCAAAUUAAAUUCAUUUCAAAUGACA